AUGGCCAGGAACAGCGAUGUUGAACAUUCGAUCGAGCUGCGUGCUCCAACGAACCGGGAUUCUGGCACGCCGAGCAAGGCUACCUUUAGUAACGAUGCUUACGAGCUGGCCAGGGUCGGGAAGAAGGAGGUGUUGAAGCGACGAUUUGGUCUAACGAGUACUGUCGGGUUUGCCUGCAGCUUGAUGCUGACUUGGGAAGCGGUUAUAAUGAACAUUGGCUUGGGACUCACCAAUGGUGGUCCCGCCGGUUUGGUGUAUGGCUUUCUUGGGGUCUGGGCGGGCAUCAUUUCCGUGUUCAUUUCGAUGGGGGAGCUAGCAAGCAUGAUGCCGUCGGCGGGCGGACAAUAUCAUUGGGUGAGCAUCUUGGCCCCCAGGUCGGCCAGGAAGUUUCUCAGUCAUGUCACUGGCUCGGUCUGCAUUAUUGCGUGGACAGCAGCCCCCACAGCCGCCAUCUACCUGGCCGCCAGUGUGCUGCAGAGCACCAUUGCCAUGAACAUCCCCAGCUAUGAUCCCAAAGGAUGGCACAUCACGCUGAUCAUGUGGGCGAUUCUGCUCAUCUGCACAGUUCUCAAUACUUGGCUGGGGAUGAUCUUGCCGGUCAUUGAAGUGCUUAUCCUUCUUGUCCAUGUGCUUGGCUUCUUCGCCGUCUUGGUUCCGCUCGUCUAUCUGGGGCCCAAGGCCGAUCCGCGAUCGAUCUUUACUGUAUCCUUCGAUUAUGGCGGCUGGGGUGAUCUGACCUUGGCUACCUUUAUCGGGUUAAAAGGCACUGUGGCUGCGUUUGUUGGCACUGAUGGCGCGGUUCAUAUGGCCGAAGAAGUCGCCAACAGCAGUCGGGUGGUCCCCCGUUCUAUGCUGCUGGCCCUCAUGAUCAACGGCGCAACUGGCUUUGCCAUUCUGAUUGCCUUCCUCUUCACCGCUGGAGACCUGUUGAAGAUUGUGGAAUCCAGUGCCUCGUAUCCCUUCAUGUACAUGCUGGCGAGCUCGACGGGCAGUAAGGGUGCUGCGGUUGUUCUCUCCAGUAUGAUGGCUAUUCUGCAAGCGUGUGCAGGACUCGCGGGUAUCUCUUCCGGCAGUCGUAUGCUGUGGUCAUUCUCCCGCGAGCAGGCCAUUCCCGGCUGGCGCUGGGUGCGACAGGUAAGUGAUGGGCCUAGCCUCUAUUCGCCCCUCAGGUCGUUUUGUUAG